UCAAAACAAAAAUCUAUACGUCGAAAAUUUUUACAUAUUUUAUAAGAAAAAUUACAACUAAAUUUAAAUCAUUACAAUAAAACUAAAUGCCAAGAACUUAAUAAAACUAUAAAAUCAUUUGCAAAAAAAAUUCAAUUGAAUGAAGUAAAAACAAUGAAAAACUAAUUAAGUGCACUGCAUAUUGUGAUUAGUCAUUAAAACGGGGAAAAAACAAAGGGAGUAAUUCAUAUAUUAACCUUGAGUUAGUUCUCCCAAGCUUAAAUAUUAAUAUGCCAACAACUAGUGAGCAGGAGAAGCCCUCAUUAAAUGAAGAACAAUCGAGUGCAUCGGUCAAAAAACCCGUAGAAUGUGUAGCAUCAGAGGAAUAUUCUGUCUUGCCAGAAACAUUUUACUCAUUGCCUAUUGACAGUGUGGUCACGGAGGUCGGAUCUAUUUUCCACCAAAGAAAAUAUGACAUUUUUGAAAGACUUCAAAAGUCCAUCAAAGAGUGCAGUAAACGUUUUAGCGGACGCAAAGAAUUGGCCAGCGAAUCUGACGACAGUGUAGCUGAAUUAUGUGAGUCGCUCGAAGAAGCACUUCAAUAUGGAUUAAGACCUCAGCAACAACCCCAGCUAAAUUUUGUUGUAUCGGCGGCAAAUCUUUUUCAAAAUAUGCAAGAAAUCGUUACAAGAUCUUCCAACAGAACGUCCAACACAUUAAGUGCCUCCACGGAAUCGAGUUUUUGGGACUUUUGUCAAAACUUUCUUACACCGCAUGAAAAGGAGCGCUUUGAAAAUUUAAAGCAAGUUUGGACUAAGUGGGGUAAAGGCAGAGCCUUUAUCCGAGCAUCGCUUAAUGAACAUUCUUUACAAAGAUAUUUACUUACGUGGUUAUCGGAAUAUCAAAUAUUGAUGUCAUACUAUACACAUUGGUCGGUUUUGUUAGAUGAGAAAAUGGUAAAAUCGUUGCCCGACUUGAUUAAAUCAUUAGAUCAUGUGUUGUUUGCUUUAUCAGUAGAUAAAACCGAGUUGAACGUGGCCGUUAAGACAACCAGCGUACAGCAGUGUGUUGUUAAAGAGGAACCUCUAAUAUAUGCUCCCACACCGGUAAAAGUUGAACCAAAAAUUAAACGUAAAACUCCAGCUGUGGAAAGGCCAAUUGCAAGUACCAGCUCUACGGAUGAUCUGCUAAAACAGCUACAAGCUAAUACUAAAACAGAAUGUUCUACAAUUACUUCCGAACAGGUCUGUGACGCCAUUGAAGAGUUGGCAUCCUUCGACGAUACACCGCCAGAUCCUAUAGAACCAGAAUUGGAAUUUCUUAAAGAACCUUUACAGUAUUCACCAGCACCAGUAACCAGUAACGACUGUGCAAGAACAAAUGGCUCGAUAUCGUCGGCAAAUUCAUACCACGAUCUAGACGGUGACACCUCAUCCCAGUCCAGUAAAUAUUCUAAUAAUGCUGGUUCCCAGAAUGCCUGUAACAAUAUACAGCAUCUUCAGUUAGAGGAACAAUUGAAAGACACCAAUGAACGUUGUUCUCUGCUGGAAACCAGAGUAGCCCAGCUAAGCUUGGAAAAUCGUCAACUUAUACGCAGACUUAAAAAACAUUUCGAAGAUUCUGGUAUCGAUCCAUCUUCCUCUUUCGCCACUAAUUUUCUUAUCACCAUUCCACAUACUAAGCUUCACAAGUCCAAACCGGCUACCGGAUCUUUUCAUCUCUAUGAAAUCCACAUAACAAUGAGACAAAAUCUAGAACACUGGUCUAUAUGGCGUCGUUACAGUGACUUUAAUAAACUGCACAAGUCGCUAUUGAAAACACACCCCAGUGUUUCUUCAGUUGAAUUUCCGCCCAAAAAACGAUUUGGCAAUAUGAACUUAAAGUUUGUCGAGGAAAGACGUCAACAAUUGCAAAUUUAUUUAUUGAACCUGGUUGAGACAUUGCCGCAAGUUGAGGCUUGUAAAUCUAAAGCUGAACUACAGAAAGUAUUUCCAUUUUUAAGGGAACGGUAACAUUUAUUUUGUGUAAUUUGUAAACGCGUACGUAUAUAAUGGAAUAAAAUUAAAUGCACUAUUUAUUAAAUCUAUACAAUAGUGAAAUUUCGAAUUCCUUAAAGUAAAUAUGUAUGUAUCUAUGUUUGUUUUGUUAGUUAAAUUUUAUUAUUUUUAAUAAUUAUAUUGAAUUUUAAUCUUA